AUGCAUUGCACAAGACUCCUCGUCAGGAACGUCUCAACGGCAAUCAAACCACGCAAGAGACCUUCUCCUCUCUGCACCCAAAUAUCCACCGUGGCAGUCACCCCCCCUCUCUCAACGCCAAACCCCUCCACAGACUCCGAUCAGCUCGCAUACCGACUCUGCGAACUCUCGCUACAGAAAAUCCAAAAAGAAGCCCGGGCCUCUGAACCGGAUCUCAGGCACGUUCUCGCUUGCACAUCGAUGCAACGGCUCGCCCAGGAAGAUCUUCUUCAUCGACUUGACGCUUUGCAAAGUGCAUUGCCCACACAAACGAUACCACUACUUCCUGGCUGUGACGAACUAUACAUGUCGGAUGAGGAAGCAUGGGAUAUGAGGUCAUUGGAGGAAGCCGUGGAGGAACUGGAGAGAGCGAGUCGGAAGGGUGAAUUCGCCCGAUAUAUAUGUUUUCAGCAGAUUCGAGAAAUGUGA